AUGGUUCCACUAUCGUUAGAGAAACUAAAAAUUUAUGAUAAGGACAUAGAUUAUCGUGAAGAAGAUGAUUUAAUUGAUAUCACAAAAGAAUUAUUUGACUCAGUACUGAGUAUUACCGACAAUAAAGUAGUGAAAGCUUCACAGUUUGAGUUAUUAGAAGGUACACGAGCAUUGGAAGUAUUAAACCCUAGACUAGACACUGGAUUGAUAGAAUUAUCCACAGAGGAAUUGAAAUUUGAUUGUAGUCAACCACAACCAGUAAAUGUUGUCAUUAAUAUUCAAACCAAAUUAUUAUCCAAUUUAAUUAAUUGGUUAGAAAAUGAUAGUCUACCAGUUACUGUAUUGAGUUGUCGAUAUGUUCAAACCAUACUAGUUAAUUACUUGAACUGUGAUACUUCAACCGUUGGCCAAUUUUCAUUUUACGAUUCAAGAUUACCAGAAACAGAUCAUGAUACCAAUAGUUUGAAUUAUUUGAUGGUGCAUAAAGUAUUAAAAACAUUUGUAAUGGCAUUAUCAAAGUUCAUUGGAUUUACAAUUUACUUAUCCAGAACAGUCUUGUAUGAAGAAGAAGAUUUAACUACAAAAUCAAUGAAUCUUAAUUUCUUCCAAGAGUUACUGCCUCAGUUUUUCAUUGAUGAAAUAAAUGAUUGUAUUGAAUGGAUAUUAAGCCACGAGACAAUAGUAGAAGCAAAUGUGUUGAUAACUCAAUUGAAAAUUGUGUCCAAUUUGGUCAAACUCGAAAGAAGUCUUUCAGCAUCGACUUUAGACAUCAAAUUUAUGCAACCAGGGCAAAACAAACCAUGUUAUGAAUUCUGUAAUGAUGCUAUUGAACAAGUCAAGAGGUUGCUGAAUAUGGAGUUUGAUGAUUCAGUUAUCCCAAAAGGAUCAUUCUCUAAAUUCAUUCAAGUUGAUUUGGAAAAUAAAAACAUCCCAACUGAAUUAGGUCACAUUGAUAUGAAAACUACUUGGUCGCAUCUUGGUGGUAUAUUUGAAACAGUUUAUAAAUUUGCCAAUCAAGCCAACUCCAUCAAAACAACCAACCAGUUACUUGACUUUUUGCAGAACAAUGUCAAAUACCCAAUUGAAAAGUUUUCGGUAUUUUCCAGAGGUAUUUUUCAAUUGUUCUUUAUUAGAGACGAUAAAUCGAUUUUUGGAUCAUCUGAAAUAACAUUACCGGUAUUAAUGAUCAACAUAAUUGAAAAUUUAGUUGGCAAAAAUACCAUUGUGUUGGGUAAUUUUGAAAAUAGUUUAUCACAAUUAAAAGAUAGUGUUAAAGCAGAAGUUUUAGAAAGAUAUACUCUUGCAUUACAAGAUUUAGAAAGCGGAAGUUAUCAUAUUUUGACUUCAUUUGCCAGUAAUCCAUGUCGUCUGCAACAAAUUAUAUCCAAGGGAUUGAUCUUAUGGGAUACCUUACAAGUUUCAUGGGAAUCGUUUGAAUAUGAGUUACACAAAAAUUUCAGUAUUGGGGAUGAAUUUGCAUCUGGAGAUUUGAGUAUUACUGUCACUUCAUAUAUUUACUAUUCAAAGAUGAAGUUUAUGGUUGAAUUGCUAUUGCAUGGAAUUCCAUUGGAAAUCUACAAACCUUUUGAAAUGUAUCUCGUGUAUUGGUAUGCGGAUUAUUUAAUUCAAAAUAUCAUUGAGCAUGUACAAAAUCGAGUAAGUCAAAUCAUCAUGGGUAAGAUUAACUAUAUUGAAACAAACAUUCCUAAAAAGAUUAAAAAACUUAAAGCUGGUCCUAAGAAAGAACAAUUGAAACAGUUAAAUAAACAUAAUCAAGAGGUUAUAAUCCCACAAUUAACAGCAACUUUGAAUUUCAACCAAGAUUAUUUGAUAAAAUCAUUCCAAUUGUUGCAAACAUUAAUCCAAUGUCAUUCUAAUUACUUAGCUGUGUUGUCUAAAUUGCAAAUCAUCGAUUUUACAAAAGGUCCACGAAACAAUUUAACUUCCAUGGAAAGUUUAUAUUAUCUUAGAAUGAAGCCUUGGUCAUCUAUUGGAAUUCCUAAUUUCCCUACAUUCCAACAAUAUCAAGCUAAAUUAAAAUCCAGUACACUCCCAGGACAAUCCAAUAAACCUACCCUUAUGAAAGUUUUGGAAUUAUUAGCUAACAUCAAAAACAAUCUCAAGGGAAUUGAAGUCGAAUAUAAAGGAUUAUUGGGAUACAUUGAACGCGAUAGACAUGAUAAUUUCUUGAAAGAUUCUUUAGUAACAAGAUGGUAUGAGGAAUUGUUAUUAACUAUUGAGCAAUUGAAUGAAAAUAUUUCACAGGUUUCUAAAAUCAUUUCAUCUAAUAAAGAUGACUUGAACUUAAAAGGCAAGUACACUUUGCAUAUUACUAAAUCUCAUCAUAUGUACUUUCCAAACUUCACAAUCACACCAAAAUAG